AUGGGGGUCGUCACUCUCCUGUUGUUGUCCGCUCUACUCUCGAGUCUGGCCUCGAUCGGCUAUGUGAUCCGAAACCUAUGGUUUCACCCGCUAGCCCAAUAUCCAGGGCCGCUUCUAUGGAGGGCCUUCCGGCUCCCCUUCCUGCUGGCGAUGAUGCAAGGGGAACUGCCGCAUCGCAUUCGGCGCUUGCACGAGCAAUACGGGAACGUGGUCCGCGUGGCGCCCGAUGAAUUGUCCUUUAUCGACGCCGCGGCCUGGCGCGACAUCUACACUCGAGGCCGGGACUUCGUGCGCCCCGACGAGUACAAAGACCAGCCGCCGGGCAAGACGGCAGCAAACCUGAUCGCCUGUUCCGAGACCAAGCACGCGCAGUUCCGUCGGAUCCUGGCGCCCGGGUUCUCGGAGCGAUAUGCCGCGGAGCAGGAGCCGUUCGUCCAGUCGUACAUCGACCGGCUCUUCGCGAAGCUGGACGAGCGCUCCGAUGUCGAUGUCGUGGAGUGGAUUAACUACCUUGCGUUUGAUAUCAUUGGUGACCUCACCUGGGGUUCCUCGUUUGGAUGUCUAGACGGACUCACGUACCACCCGUGGAUUCAGACCGUCAGCCAGUUCAAGGCGGCUAUUAUCGUGGGCGGGCUGAAGUUCUACCCAGCGGUGUAUUCGUUCCUCAUGGCCAUUACCCCGGCCUCGGCGUUGAACGAGGUCAUGGAGAUGUGGAAGGUCACGGAGCAACAGGUCCGCAAGCGCGUCGCGAGCGGAGUGACCCGACCUGAUCUGGUCGGCACGAUGCUUCAGAGUAGCAAGGCGACCGAGGGCGAGACUAUGACCCCGGAAGAGAUGGAGGUCAAUGCGAUGAUGAUCGUAGCGGCCGGUAGCGAGUCUAUCACCACUGUUAUAACAGGUGUGAUCAACCAUCUGCUCCGAGACCCAAAGACGCAUCAGACUCUCGUGGACAUCCUUCGAAGUACAUUUACCUCUGAGAAAGAAAUCACUGCCUCAUCGCUCAAGAACAUCCCUUAUCUCAAUGGGGUCCUCAACGAGGGAAUGAGACUCUGCCCGACCAUCCCGGACUCCAUGCGCCGAAGAGUUCCUGCCGCCGGAGCCACCAUCGCAGGCCGGUUCGUUUCCGGAGGCAUGGUUGUUUCUGUUCCACCCUGGGCGACAUACCGCUCAUCUCGCAAUUUCACUCGCCCUAAUGAGUUUGCCCCGGAACGGUGGCUGGAUGGUGGCACUCGGAGCGACGAGUUCCAGGGUGACGUGAAAGCGGCCUUCAAUCCUUUCUCGCUGGGUCCGCAUAACUGUCCUGGACAGAACCUGGCAUGGCUGGAGCUACGGCUGAUUCUUGCACGGUUGCUCUGGAGGUAUGAUCUCUCCACGCCACCGGCGACGGAACUUCCUGAGUGGGAGUCCCAGGGGAUCUGGUGGUUCUGGGAUAAGAAGCCGGCCAUGGUGCGCUUCCAGCGGAUCAAGUAG